AUGACAGAUAGCACAGAAGUCGAAGUGACUUAUGUUUCCCAGCGCAAUAAAAGGAAAAGAGAGGAAGCAGAUGAAAAUUCGAGUGAUAUUCUGAUUGGACGCGUUUUAUUGGCUUUAGGGUUUUCUGUACACAUAUCGAGUAACAAACUUACUAUAAUCGAAAAGUCUUCUCUUGUUAAUAUUUGUGACGUAGGUAAGGCUGUAACUGACUUCGAUAAUGUAGAUACCGACAUUACAAAUAAUUUAAAACCGCAAUUAAUGAAACUUCUUGGCUGCUUUACGGACUCAUUUGUCGAAGGCACGCCUACAAGUAGAGUAAAGACGGGUGAAUUAGAAAUUAAACUAAUAGUUCCUUGCAAAAUCGUGCAACGUCGGCCUUACUGCUUGAAUGCUGAGGAACGGUGUCUAAACGGCGAGGUGGCCUUAGACGGUGCAGAUAUAGAUUGUCUAAACGGCGAGGUGGCUUUAGACGGUGCAGAUAUAGAUUGUCUAAACGGCGAUGUGGCCUUAGACGGUGCAGAUAUAGAUUGUCUAAACGGCGAGGUGGCCUUAGACGGUGCAGAUAUAGAUUGUCUAAACGGCGAGGUGGCCUUAGACGGUGCAGAUAUAGAUUGUCUAAACGGCGAGGUGGCCUUAGACGGUGCAGAUAUAGAUUGUCUAAACGGCGAGGUGGCCUUAGACGGUGCAGAUAUAGUUUGUCUAAAUGGCGAGGUGGCCAUUUAG